AUUUCUACAUGUGCGUUUGUUUUUUUUUUAAUUUUUGUGGGUGAUAGGUUUGGAGUUUAUCGGUAUUAAUGAAAAUAAGUUUUUUUACGGAUAUUCAGUGAGAUAAAGCCAUAAAAAUUUAUCAACAAAAUGGGCACAAUAAAGGUGAAAAUCUCAUCUGUGAAACGUGCCGCACAUUUGAAACAGAAAAGGACUCCUCUUACAAAGCAACAACAACAUAAGUUGGCACAACAGAAGGCGGCCAAGGAAAAAGGUCAAAACAUUUUCAUACAAAAGGCUCGUAAGAAGGAUGAUGUUUUCCAGCGUAAGAAACAAAACAAGCGCGAGUCUUUGGGUAUGCCACUUGGUGACCAAGGCGAUGACAUGGAUGAUGAUGAGUUAUUGGACAAUGUGGCCGACAUGUUGGAUGGUGAGGAUCUGGAAUUUUUAGAAAUGAAAAGAGGCAAAUAUCGCAAGCGCAAAUAUGCCGGAAAUGAAGAAGCUGAUGAUGACGACCUAAGGCAUGCGGUGGGCUUGGAAAAACGAUUUGCAGAAGACACUGCUUUGGAAGAUGCCACCAAGAAAAUUAAGGUCGAUCUGUUGCCUUUUAAAAGUAGGGAUGGUGAAAUUAUAACUCGUACCACCGAGGUUGACUAUAAGCCAAAGCCAAAGGUUAAAAAGGUAGAAGAGGAAGGCGAAGAUGAAGCCCAAGAAACCGAUCAGGAGGAGGGGGAUUCACAAGAGGAAUUUGAGGAUAGCGAUGAUGAUGUGGUAAACGAUGAAGAAGGCAAUGCCAUUAAAACAGCGGCGGUACAAAAAAUGGUCUCGACCACCGAUUUGCUGAUUGCCCGCCAACAGGAGAUUGAAAGGCAAAAAUACCGCAUAGGCAUUAUUUGUUCGGGUAUAUUGGAAAAACCUGAAGACAAAAUGCGCAACUUCAAUGCAUUGUUCGAGCUAAUGGAUGAAACCGAUAAGGCGGGCGUGCCUAAUCUAUUGACGGUUCGCAAGGUGGCCAUAGUGUCCUUGACGGAAAUCUUCAAAGACAUAUUGCCCGAAUACAGGGUGGGCCAAAUCGAUACAAAAAUGCAAACUGUGCGCAAGGCCACUCUUGAAAGAGUUACCUUUGAAAAUGCCUUACUGCAACAUUUCAAGAAGUUUUUGCAAAAACUCGAAAAGCUUACGGCGGCUGUAAAUCGCAAAGGCCAUGGCCGCGUAACACCACAAUCCGUAAAAAUCGCUGAGGUGGCAGUGCAGGGCAUGUGUGACCUCUUGAUGUCACAUCCCUAUUUCAAUUAUGUAAAGAAUAUAGCCCAAUUAUUAGUUUAUAUGUUGAAUAGCAAUUAUCCGAGAAUGAGGGAGGCAGUUAAUAACUGUUUCCGCUAUGUCUUUGGCCAUGACAAAAAGUUGGAAAUGACAUUGUUCAUCAUACGCCGCAUCAAUCAUUUGAUCAAGAGCAAAAACAAUGUUGUCCAUCUGGAGUGCAUCAGUUGUUUAAAGGCCCUAAAAAUUAAGAAUGUUAAUUUAGAUGCUGAAAAAGAGAAUGAGCUGAAGCAAAAGAAGUUGGAGGCACAUCGUCAGAGGCUGUUGAAUUUGUCCAAGAAGGAACGUAAACGCCGUAAGAAAUUGACGGAAUUGAAUAAGGAACUGGAUGAGACAAGAGCUGAGGAAAACAAACAGACAAAACACGCCAAAUUGACGGAAAUUGUGAAAAUGUUGUUUACCAUCUAUUUUCGGGUGCUGAAAAACGAUCCCACAUCGCGAGUGCUAAGUGCCAUACUUGAGGGGUUGGCUGAAUUUGCCCAUGUCAUCAAUUUGGAUUUUUUCUCGGAUUUAAUUGAGGUGCUGAAUAACAUUCUGGAAACCCAAGAGGAUUUGGGCUAUCGCGAACAAUUGCAUUGCAUCAAAACAAUUUUCAUUAUACUCUCGGGCCAGGGUGAGGUGUUAAACAUAGAUCCCAUACGUUUCUAUCAGCAUUUCUAUAGAAAUAUGUUGGCCGUGCAUGCUGGUAAAAAUCAUGAAGAUUUUCUCAUCAUUCUACAGACUCUGGAUGAAGUUUUGGUAAAGAGAAGGCGUAACAUGAGUCAGCAUCGUUUGAUGGCUUUCAUUAAACGUCUAUUAACAGUCAGUUUGAAUUUGCUGCAUCAUGGUACCUUGGCCACUUUGGGCACCAUUAAGACCACUUUUCAAUUGACCUCUGUAUUGGAUAUUCUAUUGGACACCGAUGACAGCAUAGGCUCUGGCAAAUACGAUCCAGAGCUGGAAGAUCCCGAAUACUGUAAUGCUUCGUGUACCGCUUUAUAUGAGCUGACAAUGUUGUCCAGACAUUACCAUCCCAUAGUACGCAAAAUGGCUACUCAUAUAGCCAAUGGGGUGCCAGCUUCGGGUGAGGGUUCCCUACCUUCGGAAAUAGGAAAAUUAACGGCCUUUGAUUUGUUCGAGCAAUACGAUAGCACUCAAAUGGCUUUUAAUCCCACCAUUCCUGUGCCCCGGCAAACUGAGCCCAAAUUCAAAAAAGGUCCCCAUAGCUAUCUUAGCGAAGAUUUUAAACCAUUUUACAAGGCUAUGCUUAAGGAUAAUAUGCAAGCACCGAAAAGAAAUAGUUGUCAUAUAUUUGAUUUUUAUAAGGAGCUGAAGUGUAAAUAAAAAAAAUCGAUUAGGAAUUUUUAAUAUUAAAA